GGGCCUGGAGGGAGAGGCGCGGCCCCAGCCUGGCAACUGUUAGGCAAACAUGGAGAAGGGGGCGGAGCUCCGUCUCUGCCGUGGUGGGGGCAGGAGGUGCGGAGCUGCUUUUUUUGGCGCUGCCGAGCAAGCCUGUUCUGCGGUGGUGGGCAAGCGCGUUUCUUGGCUGUCGCGCCGAGGGGCGGUCCGGGCAACAUGAAUGAGGCUGAAGGCCUGCGGCAACGGCGUCCCGUGCGGCCUCAGGUGGUCACCGAGGAUAGCGCGGCACAGGAGACCAAAGAUGGCAGUACUUACAGCAACAAGGUAUUCCGUAUGACUUUCAUGACUCUGGCUGUAUUGCUAAUUAUUCCAUUAUUUGGAGCAAUAAUUUUUCUGGAUUGUCCAAUAGACCCUCAGCCUAUAAGCUUCAAAGAACCUCCUCUACUCACUGGCACAUUAGAGCCAAACUUUAAGCUCCGACAAGCAGAAAGGCUGUAUGAAAACCAGCUUGUUGGACCAGAAUCUAUUGCAAACAUUGGCGAUGUCUUAUUCACUGGUACUGCUGAUGGAAAAAUUCUGAAGAUUGAAAAUGGAGAAGUACACACAUUAGUCCGACUUGGACAUGGCCCCUGUAGAACCAGAGAAGAUGAACCCACUUGUGGGAGACCUCUUGGAAUCAGAGUUGGACCAAAUAAUACCCUUAUUGUAGCAGAUGCAUACUAUGGACUAUUUGAAAUUAAUCCUGUCUCAAGGGAAGUGAAACUGCUUGUGUCAUCCAAGACUCCCAUUGAGGGAAAGAAGAUGUCCUUUGUGAAUGAUCUUACCGUGACUCGCGAUGGAAGGAAAAUCUACUUUACUGACUCCAGUAGUAAGUGGCACAGAAAGGACUACUCCUUAUUAAUCAUGGAGGCUACAGAUGAUGGACGCUUACUUGAAUAUGACACAGUCACAAAGGAAGUGAAAGUCUUAAUGGAAGGGCUCAGGUUUGCAAAUGGCAUCCAGCUCUCACCUGCUGAAGACUUUGUGUUGGUGGCUGAAACAACUAUGGCAAGAAUACGGAGAUAUUAUGUAUCCGGCCUAAUGAAAGGUGGAGAAGACAUGUUUGUAGAAAAUAUGCCUGGCUUUCCAGAUAACAUACGGUUAAGCAGUACUGGCGGUUAUUGGAUUGCUAUGUCAGCUGUUCGGUCCAGUUCUAGAUUUUCUAUGAUGGAUUUCUUAUCUGAAAAACCAUGGAUUAAAAGGAUAAUAUUUAAGCUGCUCAGUCAAGAAACUGUGAUAAAAUUUGUGCCCAAGUACAGCCUUGUUGUAGAACUAAGCGAUACUGGAUCCUACAGAAGAAGCUUCCAUGAUCCUAAUGGAAUGGUGGCAACGUACAUAAGUGAAGCACAUGAACAUAAUGGACAUCUCUAUUUGGGUUCCUUCCGGUCUCCCUUUAUUUGCAGACUGAAUCUUGAAGACGUCUAACUGUUUGAGCGAAAGCAGUACCAUUGUUGUCUUGAAUUUCUCUAGAAGGGCAAAAGAGGGUUAGUCACCAAUUUUGGCCAAGAAAGAAGAAUUAAAUCACAAUCAGUCAUGACAAUUUUGGCCAAGAAAGAAGAAUUAAAUCACAAUCAGUCAUGAGCACUGUAGGCACUAUGUAAAUUGCAGGGUACAGAGUUUGACAGCUUCUUACGUUAAGCAUGCUAUAAAACUGGUGGACACAAUCUAUUAUCUUGUGCAACUUCCAUUCAGAUUGGUAGGCCUUGUGUAGAAGUUAUUCCUGGUGCAUUGCCCACAGUCUUUGGUAUCUUUACUUACUUUUAAAUAAGGUAAAUACAAAAUUACCUCAUGAACAUGAAAGUUGCUACAUCUAAUAAUGUUCCUUAGAAGCUGCUUCUACUACUGAAAAACAUUGUACAUAGAUAUGUCUGGUGAGCUUCUGUACUUCAGAUACUAUACAUCAUUGGACUUCUAAGUUGCCAGUCUUAAAUGAUGUCUUGCAUGCGUUUAUUUCCAACUUGGAUGCCUUUAUAGCCAUGUUUUUCUAAGCAUGUGUUAUAAAAAAAUCAUAUAAUUUAUAGAUCUAUUGAUAAACAAAUCAACUACAGGUAUAAUUCUAUUUUCGGUCAGAGUUCUUUUCUGCAUGGAUAAUUUUAAAGAUAUGAGCUCACUCCUGCGUGGCUCUCUAAAUCUGAAAAUGUCCCCUCAGAAUUAUAAAUAGAUACAAUUAACCUCGACAGAGCUUGUUCCAGAGUUUAAUUUUGCCUCUGAGCAAAUUAUUUGAUCAUUAGUACAAUUUUUUCAGGCAUAGGAAUGCUUUCAUAUCAUUAAAAUGCAAUGUGGGAAACAGCCUUUAAGCUCUUUUUAAAAAGUGUAUACCUGACUGAUAUAUGGUAUUGUGUUAAUUAAAGCUAUCAAUGGAGGCCUUUAUUUCUCUUCUGGCAUUGACCAAAAGUUGGCACUCAUCUACUCCUAAACACAAAUUGUUCAACUGUAUGUUAAUUGUAUGACUGAAAUAACUUUUUAAAGCACAUAAGCAACUGAACUUUUGCUACUUAAAAGUAUAUUUUAUGGUUUUAACACAUAAAGUUAUGUGUUUUUAUUAUUUGUGGAUAGUUCAAUUUUUUUUAAAGGUGCAAAGAUUUGCUCAGAAAAAUUUAAAUAUGUGUAAGGUUUUUAAGACUGAGUAAAACAAACCAAUUCUUGGCAGGUUUACUGAGUUAAUGCUAGGCAGCAUUUAAAAGAACAGGAACAAAUUUACGCUUUAUUAUAAAUUGUCUACCAAACAAAAAAUUAAAACAAAUUGUUUAAGAA